CGUCCCAGUGCCGAAAAUUGGCUCUAUCCCAGGAGUACCCAAAUGCAUAAACGCCACCGCCAUGUAUGUCUGGCUGAAUCGAGAUGAUGUCCGGCAGGCCCUUCACAUCCCCCGCAGUUUGCCGGAUUGGGAGCUUUGCAGCUCACAAGUAACUGCCACCUACCAAAGACAAUAUAUGGAUAUGGCUCCCUUCUACAAGUUGUUAUUGGCACAAAAUCUUCGUGCACUGGUUUAUAAUGGUGAUGUGGACAUGGUGUGCAACUUUUUGGGGGGUGAAAAAUUCGUUGAGGCUUUAAAUCAACCUGUGCUUAGCGAAUACCAGCCAUGGUAUUUCAAUGACCAAGUUGCCGGAUUUUUCAAGGAAUACCAAAACAUCACAUUCCUCACUGUAAAGGGCGCCGGACACAUGGUGCCGCAGUACAAGCCCGGCCCGGCCCUGAAGAUGAUCCGCCGCUUCCUCCGGCCCUCCAGCCCCGCGGCCUGA